AUGGACAACACACACACACAAACACAUACACACGCUGAGUCAGUCACAAAGUCUUAGAGAGCAACUUAAGACCUUUAACAUCUCCAGGUUUGCGUUUAUGGUUUCUCACCUGGGGUCGGUGUGUAGCCUGAACUGUUUGGCUGAAAGUCUGGACAGCAUCAGCAUGCCGAGCCUCCUCAACCUCAGCAGCCUGGGCCGGAUCUGCGGCUCCAGCCACAACGACAUGGUCGUCCUGGACCGGGUCAAGAGGAAGAACUCCGUCCGGCGCAUGUCGAUAAUCGAGGAUGGGGAAAUUGCCGAGGUGCUCUACCUCAUCCCCAAACAGUCCAUGAUGGAGCAGCUGCCGUUCAUCAACCCCAACGACUACAUCCUGUGUGAGAAGCUGGCCGGUAUCCCUGCAGAGGUGUCAAUGCUGCACACUCCGGAUGGCUGCCAUCCAAGUUCUCCAGUGGGGAAGCGGGAGAUCCAGUGCUUCAGGUGUGGGCAACAGUGCAAAGGGGAGGUGCUGCGGGUCCAGAAUACUCACUUACACAUAAAGUGCUUCACCUGCAAGGUGUGUGGCUGUGACUUGGCCCAGAGCGGCUUCUUCAUGAAGAGCAGCGAAUUCCUCUGUCCGCUGGACUUCCAGAGGCUCCACGGCACGCUCUGCAACAGCUGCGGGGAGUUCGUGGAGGGGGAGGUGGUCACAGUCCUGGGGAAGACUUAUCACCCAGCCUGCUUUGUGUGCACCAUUUGCAAGCAGCCCUUUCCCGCUGGGGACUGUGUCACCUUCAGUGGAAAAGACUGCCUCUGUCAGCGCUGCAUUCAACCUGUGUCCCCUGCUCCGACCGACGUGAACUACUCUAGUAACUGCACCGGCUGCGGUAGAGACAUCAAGAACGGCCAGGCUCUGUUGGCUCUGGGUGGCCAGUGGCACCUCGGCUGCUUCAAGUGCAAAUCCUGCAGGAAAGUGCUGAGCGGAGAAUACAUCAGCAAAGAUGGUGUUCCUUACUGUGAGAGGGACUACCAGAUUAAGUUUGGGAUACAGUGUGAGGCGUGUCAUAAGUUUAUAACAGGAAAAGUUUUGGAGGCAGGAGACAAACAUUAUCACCCGAGUUGUGCAAGAUGCAGCCGAUGUGACAAGAUGUUCACAGAGGGAGAAGAAAUGUUUCUGCAAGGGUCGACAGUGUGGCACCCGGACUGCAGAGACAACAGCAGAACUGAGGACAGUUACAGGGUCAGCAGAGCAAAAGCACCCUGCCUUGAUUUCUUUUUCCCCUCACGUGAACUGAAGCCCACUAGAUCCUCCUCUGAAAGCUCGUGCUCCAGGCCGGGCUCGUGCACCCCGGGGAGUCCUGGUCGAACGAUCUGCGCAAAAGUAGAUAAUGAGAUCAUUGACUACCGAGACUUAGCGGCAAUUCCCAGAGUCAAGGCUAUACAUGAUAUAGAGUAUCCUGAUAUGAUAUCCUAUAAGUCUGUGAACAACAACCCACCUGCUGUGGACAACAAAGGCAGCAGACAGGACAGGUCAAACCCUGCAGAGUCAACAGGAAAUGUAUCUGAAACCACAGAGGAGGGCUUCGAAAUGAGGAGGAACAUACCGAGAUCCACAAGCCACGGAUCUUUUGGAGUUCACACCACGUACCAACGACACAGCUACACUCCAGCUCUGUCCAGAUCGCCACAGCACUUCCACAGGCCAGCGUUGAUGCUUUCUCCCUCUUUAUUCUCUGGCAACAAUGAAACCUGCUCCACUUCCCCUUUAUGUCCCCACUUUCUCCCUCAAACCAAAGAUGAAGGCUUUCACAUGUACAGGAGGCCUCCAAUUUACAAACAGCAAGAUCCAAAUUCACCCACAUCCCAAACUUUAUCUAUGCCCGGAUACGGUCGCAACGGCCUCCAUCCGCCUCGGUCAGCGGAUUUCUCCCACUACAAUGAUGACAGAUUCAGAGAUUUUAAGCUCAUCUAUGACAGUCAACAUCCAUUAGCCAGACUGGACAGAGGAAUGUCCAUGCCUAAUUUGUUGGAACCAAAAGUCUACCCAUAUGAAAUGCUCGCAGUGACCAACAGAAGACGAGUGAAGCUGCCGAGGGACGUCGACAGAACCAGAAUGGAGUGCCACCUUUCCCCGGGUUCUUUCUAUGAGAUCUUUGGCAUGGAGAUCCAAGAGUUCUACACACUCCCACUCUGGAAACGUAAUGACAUGAAGAAGAGUGCAAAUCUCUUCUGAUUGCUGCCUGAUGCACGUCUUUAUUUAUUGGACAUUUAUUCACGAACAUUAGAACAGCACAAAUCCCAGGCUUGCAGCGGCCACCCAGCGAGUCCGUGGAGGUCAUUGUGAUGAAUGAUGGUUAAAGUCCAAUAACCUCAACGCAGAUAUGAACACUGGAACUGAACUUAGCUCGAACCUUGGCUUCAGUGAUAUAUAGCCUUGAUUUGUUUUUCCUUCGUCAGCCCUGUCUCCCCAGGAAUUACGUUCAUAUUGGACGAUUCAGCUGAAUAUAAUUUUUGCACAUUCUUCACAAAUGGAGAAUGUUGUGUGGUGUUUAUGUAGCUUGGCAAAAAAUAAUGUCUUUUUUAAGCUUUGCAACCUUUUUCAGACCGAUGGUUGAAGUCAUCCCUUAACCUAAUCUAACCUUUACCAUGUGAUCGUAUUAGCCAAAACAAAAAAGGUGCUGCUUGUAUGUUUCCAUGGCCCUGAUGAGGGCGCCAGAUCACUAAAAUCCUCCCACGGUAGGUUGCUAAGGAACAAUUGUGCAGAACCUUGGACUGACCUCAACAACACAAAGUUUUUGAAAACAACUCAUGUUUGAAUUAUUCCUAAAAUAUCUAUAAACAUAUUUACAAGAUUUUAGGUGAGGUAUGCUGAAGGUUAGGAUCCCUAAAAUUUACAACAAUACCACUUUCCUGCCUGCUUUCAGAAAAAUAGAGAAUCACUGACUAUAUAACACACAGUUUGAGAGUUUUUAAGGUGUUUAAAUUCAGACAGAUUCAUGUACAGUUUGGUUAAAGAUAUGGGUUUUCCAGUCUGAAGCCUUUGGUCCAGCUCUUUGUGAAUAAAGCUUCCCAUGAUACCUGAUUCACAGUGUUUGACUACAGAAUGGAUUUAACCUACACCCUUCACAUUUUUACUUGGUAUUGAUAUAUGUUUUGUUACUCUCUUAAUACUCUGAACAAAGAACAAAUACAAUUGUUUACCCACUUAAAAUAAUUUCAUCUAUUAGUGACAUACAAAUUCAUAGUUUUUCUUUAUAGUUUUCAAUUGUGUUUAUAUAACUUAUGUUAUUCUAACAAACUUUAUUAAUUUGUGUGUUACUAACUGAUGUCUUUUUUCAAGUUGGUCUAACUUAUUUUGUUUUGUUCAUGUUUUGAACAUGUUUAAGCACAAAUCACAAUCGAGCAAAUAUGUGAGAACUAUAUUUUUGUGUCAAUAGAUUAACACAAAUUUGCUUUGUUUGACUCUUAAAUGAAUUAAGAUGUUUUUUUGCUUUAUGUUUCACCUUGACUUGGCUGUGGUAAACUGUAUCUGCUAUACCUUAACAUUGAUGCUUGUUCACACCACCUCAAACGAUCUAAAUAAAUAUUUGCAUUUCUUAAAGGUUGAUUAAAUAA